AUGAAUUUGGUGUUAGCAUUGCUUUUUUCUUCAGGAGUAGCUGCCUGUUGUGGCAACUCUGCUAUUAAUCCCCUAUCCAGGUUACUCCUGGUGUCCUUUGAUGGCUUCAGGGCUGAUUACUUGAAAACCUAUGAACUUCCUCAUCUCCAGGAGUUCAUCGAGGAUGGCGUGCUUGUCAGCCACGUUACAAACUCUUUUAUCACAAAGACUUUCCCCAAUCACUACAGUAUAGUGACAGGCCUGUACGAAGAAAGCCAUGGCAUUGUGGCUAAUGACAUGUAUGAUGCAGAUGCCAAGAAAACAUUCUCACAGUUCAAUGAUUCAGAUCCCUUCUGGUGGAAUGGGGCUGUCCCAAUUUGGGUAACAAAUCAGCAGGGAAACAGAGCAAGUGCUGCUGCGAUGUGGCCUGGUAGUGAUGUGAAAAUUCACAAUACAACCCCUCAGUUCUUUAUGAAGUAUAAUUUCUCGGUAACAUUUGAGGAGAGAGCGGAGAAAAUUGUUACAUGGCUGAACAACUCCAACCCACCAGUCAGUUUUGCUACUUUAUACUGGGAAGAACCAGAUGCAAGUGGACAUAAAUAUGGACCAGAUGAUACUGAGAACAUGCGCAGAGUAUUAGAACAAGUGGAUAAUCAUAUUGGUUUCCUUACUAAAAAAUUGAAAACAUUAGGUUUGUGGGACACUAUUAAUGUCAUAAUAACAAGCGAUCAUGGAAUGGCCCCAUGUUCUGCAGAGAAGCUGAUUAACCUGGAUAGUUGUAUUGGUCGCAAAAACUAUACUCUCGUAGACAAGAGUCCAGUUGCUGCAGUGCUGCCGAGACAAAACAAAACUUAUGUAUAUAACUUACUGAAAAACUGCAGUGAGCAUAUGAAAGUGUAUCUCAAAGAAGAAAUUCCUGACAGAUUUCAUUACCAACAUAAUAAGCGAAUUCAACCCAUUAUUCUGGUUGCAGAUGAAGGCUGGACAAUUGUACAAAAUGAGUCGCUUCCAAAAUUAGGUGACCAUGGCUAUGACAACGCUCUCCCAAGCAUGCAUCCCUUCCUGGCUGCUCAUGGGCCUGCUUUCCGCCGGGGUUACAAGCAGCGCACACUGAGAACUGUUGACAUCUACCCCAUGAUGUGUCACAUCCUGGGGCUACCACCUCAGCCCCACAACGGAACCCUCGGUAACGUCAAGUGCCUGCUGGCUGACCAGUGGUGCAUAAAUCUUCCUGAGGCCAUUGGGAUAGUUGUUGGGGCCCUAAUAGUGUUGGCUGCUUUCACCUGCAUUAUAAUAAUAUCAAAGAAUAGAAUAUCUUCUCCCCGGCCCUUCUCCCGGCUUCAGUUACAAGAUGAUGACGAUGAUCCUUUAAUCGGAUAAUGUGUA